GGCUAAUGAGCAGCAGCGCGGCAAAAGUGAGACGCCGCUGCGACGGACGAACCCGUCAUAGCUCCAUUGCUUAAUUGCGUCUCAUCUUCUGCGUAUAUAAGCGCGGCCAUCGGGACGCCGGGGAAGGUGCUCGUUCCCCGCGCGCGUCGGCCAAGGUCGGAUCGGGCUCUCAGAUCUCGCGCGCUUCGCCGGCCGCGCCCCGUGAGAUAGAGAGAGAGUGGGAGAGGGAGAGGGGGAGAGAGGAUGUUUAGCGGGACGCAGCAGAAGUGCAAGGUGUGCACCAAGACGGUGUACCCGAUGGACCAGCUCUCCACCGACGGCGCCGUCUUCCAUCGAUCCUGCUUCAAGUGCCAACACUGCAAGUCCACCCUCUCCCUGAGCAACUAUUCCUCGUUCGAAGGAGUGCCGUACUGCAAGGCCCAUUUCGAGCAGCUGUUCAAGGAGACUGGGAGCUACAACAAGAGCUUCCAAUCACCAUCACCCGCAAAGAAUAUUCCGGAGAAGUUGGCUCCUGAGCUGACUAGAUCUCCAAGCAAAGCUGCAAGGAUGUUUUCAGGAACACAAGACAAGUGUGCAACUUGUGGUAAAACUGCAUAUCCUCUUGAGAAGGUAACUGUUGAAGAAAAGUCCUACCAUAAGUCCUGCUUCAAAUGCUCCCACGGGGGCUGUGCCAUUUCACCGUCCAACUAUGCAGCCUUGGAGGGCAUCCUCUACUGCAAGCACCAUUUCUCCCAACUUUUCAAGGAGAAGGGGAGCUACAACCAUCUGAUAAAGUGUGCAUCCGUCAAACGCGACAAAGCACAACCAGAACAACCAGCACAACCAGCCGCUGAUUCCUCCUGAUGAUGCCGUACCAACAGAGCAGGGUUUGAAGGCGAAAAUUUGGAAGCCUCCCGUUUUCACUUAAAACCUGCUAUAUAUUAUCAUCUAGCCCUGUGGAUACCGGACUUCUCUAUUUUAGUAUCCUCUGCUGUGCUAGCCGGAUUACAUUGGUGAGCCAGGAAAUUGCUGUCGUUUUCAACGAAAUUGUUGUGCAUCAAGUACUGAAAUCAGAUACCUUGCUCUUUAUCGAUUGCAAUAUUGUUUUGUUGCUUUGUC